CAUGCCAUUGCACCCCGUGUUGCGCCCGUUGUGCAUGCUGCUGAAAUCUCGCUGUGGUGAUCUCCUCUCUAACUUUUAAUACGUUUUUGUGAAAUAUGUGUACUUUUGGAAGUAUAAACCGUUUUUGAGCAGGCGAGCAAGCACAAAUACAAAAUCAGUCAAGUUGGAGAAAAUCAAUUUACUGUACUGAAGGAUUGAGAUCCGAGUUGAAAUCAUGUCAAGUAGAAGUGAUUGCGUUCUUGAUUUCAGCGAUCCCGUACGUGAAGCGUCCGACGCAACCGGUUCAAACCCUUACCAUGAAACUGAAAACCCGCAGGGUAUAGUGGAUCUGUGUAUGUCGCAGAAUACUCUCAUUUCUGAUCUUAUUCUUGAAAAGUUACAACAGCCAGAAUUGUUGAAAUGGGAGAAGACGAUGCUGACAUAUACAGAGAGAAGAGGGACAAAAAGAUUGAGGGUUGCCAUUGCAAAACUUUUAGAAGACCAGACUGGCUCACCGCAACAGAUAGAUCCAGAUAAGAUGUGCAUUAUGAAUGGAGUGACUGCAGUGAUGAACCUACUGAGCUAUGUUUUAUUUGAAGAAGGAGAUACUGUUCUAUGUCCUGCACCCUUUUAUUACUCUAUCCCAAGGGAUAUCAUGUACAUCUCCAAGAUCAAAGUCUAUCCAGUCCCACUCAGUAGCAAGCCAGGGGAGAAUGGAUUGAAACCUUUUGAGUUGACUGUAGAUCAUCUUGAGAACGCACUUGAAAAGGCAAGAAAAGAGGGUCACAGAGUCCGUGGGGUCUUCUUUGUUAAUCCGAGCAAUCCGUUGGGACUGGUCUACACCAAGGAACAGGUCCUGGACUAUCUAUCAUUCUGCAAGAAGCACAACCUUCAAGUUAUAAUGGAUGAGAUUUACCAGGGCAGCAUCCAUGAUGAAUCUGUACCAAACUCGAGCAUACUGGGGCUCCCUCUUGAGGCCAUUCCUGACAUGCAGAAUACUCACAUCUUGUAUGGCUUCAGCAAGGACUUCGGAAUACCUGGUGCUCCACUGGGGGUCCUCCACUCUUGGAACAAGGAUGUCUUAGAUAGAUGCAUCGGUUUGAACGACUAUCAGCAAGCUUCUAGUUUCAUCCAGUCUGCUGCAGCGAAGAUGAUAGAGGAUAAAGAUUGGGUGAGGGGGACCUACUUCCCGACCAACCUCUCCAGGAUGAGAGAUGCGUGUCGGGUUACCAUGGAGACCCUGGAUGAGAUCGGAGCUACAUACCUCAAGCCUCAAGCUGGUCUCUUUAUAUGGGCUAACCUUAGCAAGUUCCUUGCGCAAGAUAACAAAGAGGAGGAACGUCGUUUUACCAACCACCUCUUAAAGGGCGGGGUCGGUUUGUCGCCCUCUGCUGGCUACUGCGGGGGAGAGUAUGGCUGGUAUCGGAUCAUGUUUGCUGUACCAAGAAACAGAUUAGUAGAAGGUUUACAGCGAUUGAAGAAAUCCUGUUUGUCCUUUGAUUCCUCACACCCCUAGAUGGAAGAAAGCGCCAGAGAUAACUAAGGCUUGUAAUAAUCUCUUUGAAAGGAGAAUUAAUUCAAACUUCUGUAACCUCUUUUGAAAGCAGAAAGUUCCUAGAAGAAUUUUAAUGAAAGUUUGAGGCAAAACUUACAUAUAGAUGAAAUAUUAAGGGCAUGAAUAUAAGAAAUCCUGAAAUCACUCAACAGAAAUGCUCUAAAAACAUUGAACUAAUCCCCAAUGUUAUAUAUCAUAUUAAGACAAGGCAAAAGCGAUUUUGUGUCUCGCCCACUUGUGAAAAUAACCAGAAAUAUUGUGAUUUGCGAGGGCACGCAA